CGUCAUUGUCAAGGAUGUGUCACUAUCAUAUCUCUCCGGGUGUUGUCCUUAGAUAAUGAAAUUAUUAUAAACUAAUUAAUAUAUUUUAUAAUUUAAAUGUUUUUAAUUUUAAUAUAGUAAAACAUCUUUUUCUAUAAAAAUUUUGGAAAACUACUUUUCAUUUAUUUUUAACCUAAAAUGUGGAAAGCCGCUGCAGGUCAUCAAAUUAAUGUUAGUAAUGAUACCACCGAGGAUGAUGAAUGGGAAACUGAUCCAGAUUUUGUAAAUGAUGUAGAUGAACAGCAGCAGAGAUGGGGUUCCACUACUGUGGAAGGUUCAGGAAGAACUGCAGGUGCUAUAGACAUGGAUAAAUUGAGGAAGGAAACUGAAGAAGCUGAUGCGAAGAAAAAGAAAAAAGAACUUGAAGAGAGUGAACAUAAUCCUGCUUAUGGUUAUGGAGGAAAAUUUGGAGUGCAGAAAGACAGAAUGGACCAGUCAGCAGUUGGACAUGAAUAUAUUGGAAAGGUGGAAAAACAUGCUUCACAAAAAGACUAUUCAACAGGCUUCGGAGGAAAGUUUGGAAUUCAGUCAGAUAGGAUUGACAAGAGUGCAGUGACUUGGGAUCACAAAGAAAAAGUUGAAAAACAUGCAUCGCAAAAAGACUAUGUGUCUGGGUUUGGAGGAAAAUUUGGUGUACAAAGUGAUCGGCAAGAUAAAUCAGCUGUAGGGUGGGAUCAUGUUGAAAAAGUAGAUAAACAUGAAUCACAAACAGAUUACAAAACUGGUUUUGGAGGAAAAUUCGGUGUUCAAUCUGAUAGGCAAGAUAAAUCAGCAGUUGGUUGGGACCACCAUGAAGCACCUCAGAAACACGAAAGUCAAGUAGACCAUAAAAAAGGUUUCGGGGGUAAAUUUGGUGUACAAACUGAUCGUUUUGAUAAAUCAGCUGCCAAUUUUGAACCCCCAGGUAAAGUGGGUACAAAUUAUACCAAGGUCAAGCCUGAUAUUGGUGGAGCUAAACCCUCAGAUUUACGGGCAAAAUUUGAGACUUUGGCCCAGCAAACAAAACCUGAUGUUCUUUUACAAUCUUCAGCACCCAAAAAGAAUAUUCAUGCUAGGGCCGCCUUAUUUACUAAUAUCAAUAAAGAAACCUCAAGUUCUUUAACUUCUGAGGUAGUUUCAACACCCAAACAGUUAGAUCAGUCGAAAAUGGCAUUUUUGACACAAAAUAAUAAAGAAGACAAAGAAAACAGUAGUGAAACUGUAGAAAAAGUUAAUAAAUUAGAUCAAUCAAAAACGGCGUUUUUGACUCAAAGCCGUAGUAGUGAAAUUGAGGAAAAGACUGUGGAACCUUCUAGAUUGGAUCAGAAAAAAAUUACAGAAAUUGCUCAGAAAGAAGAGACUGAAACUGACAAGCAACAAAGCAUGAUACAAGAAGAAUUAGAGUUACUAAGACAGUUACAGCAACAGAAACCGGAUGAUUCAGACUCUGAUGAUAUAUAUGAAAAUUUUGAUACUUCGACAAUCAAAAGAGCUGGUCCUAGUGCUCAUCACGUACAAGAACCUACACCAACAGAGGUAGUUGAGAGUCCGGUAGGAGUUGAAGAAACGGAAGGAGAAUAUCAAGAAGAAAUAGUAGAUACUGGAAUUACGGCUAUUGCGCUUUAUGAUUAUCAAGCUGGUGCUGACGAUGAAAUAUCUUUUGAUCCUGAUGAUAUUAUUACACACAUAGACAAGAUUGAUGCGGGAUGGUGGAGAGGUCUAUGCAAAGGAAAGUAUGGGCUGUUUCCAGCGAAUUACGUACAGUGCGAUGAAUGAAUGUGGUUAUAUAAUUUUCUAAGAAAGGCCUACGUACUUUUAAUCUUUCAGUUUUUAAAUGAAAUAUGCAAGAUAAACAGAUAUUUUCUAUAAUUGUAUAGUUUGUAAUUAUUUUUUAUCGAAUUAUUUUAGCCUCAAAAUUAUUUUAUAUUUUACAUUGUAAGAUUUUAUAUCUAUAAAAGAAAGUAAAUAUUGAAACAGUUA